CCUGCUGUUUCCCGGGGAGAUCAUGAAACGAGGUCGCCUUCCCAGCAGCAGUGAGGAUUCUGACGACAAUGGCACAUUUUCUAGACGCUUUCCUGAGUGCGGCUACAGGGGCCACCUGUAGGAGGAGGUCUGAUUCUGCUGUCCUAACAGUCGCCCCACUUGCAGGCCUCAGAACUGGCCUGUCCACCACUUGGUCUCAGAAUUCCCGGUCCCAGCACAGGAGAGGUUCCUGCUCCAGACAUGAAGAUCGGAAGCCUUCCGAGGUGUUUAGGACAGACCUGAUCACCGCCAUGAAGCUACAUGACUCCUACCAGCUGAACCCCGAUGAGUACUACGUGUUGGCAGAUCCCUGGAGACAGGAGUGGGAGAAGGGGGUGCAGGUGCCAGUCAGCCCUGGGACCAUCCCUCAGCCUGUGGCCAGGGUCGUGUCGGAAGAGAAGUCACUCAUGUUCAUCAGGCCCAAGAAAUACAUCGUCUCUUCAGGCUCCGAGCCCCCGGAGCUGGGCUACGUGGACAUCCGUGCGCUGGCCGAUGGCGUGUGUCGGUAUGACCUCAAUGACAUGGACGCGGCAUGGCUGGAGCUGACCAACGAGGAGUUCAAGGAGAUGGGCAUGCCGGAGCUGGACGAGGGCACCAUGGAGAGGGUCCUGGAGGAGUUUGAGCAGCGCUGCUCCGACAACAUGAACCACGCCAUCGAGACGGAAGAGGGUCUGGGCAUCGAGUACGACGAGGACGUUGUGUGUGACGUCUGCCAGUCGCCCGACGGUGAGGACGGCAACGAGAUGGUGUUCUGUGACAAAUGCAACAUCUGCGUGCACCAGGCCUGCUAUGGAAUCCUCAAGGUCCCCGAGGGCAGCUGGCUGUGCCGGACCUGUGCCCUGGGGGUGCAGCCCAAGUGCUUGCUGUGCCCCAAGAAAGGCGGAGCCAUGAAGCCCACCCGCAGCGGGACCAAGUGGGUCCACGUCAGCUGUGCUCUGUGGAUCCCCGAGGUGAGCAUUGGCAGCCCCGAGAAGAUGGAGCCCAUCACGAAGGUGUCUCACAUCCCCAGCAGUCGGUGGGCGCUGGUGUGUAGCCUCUGCAACGAGAAGUUUGGGGCCUCCAUACAGUGCUCCGUGAAGAACUGCCGCACGGCCUUCCACGUGACCUGCGCUUUCGACCGGGGCCUGGAGAUGAAGACCAUCUUGGCGGAGAACGAUGAGGUCAAGUUCAAGUCCUACUGCCCGAAGCACAGCUCCCACAGGAAAGCCGAGGGGAGCCUCGCGGCGGGGGCCGCUCAGGAGAACGGGGGGCCCGAGUGCUCCCCCCGGAGCCCGCUGGAGCCCUUCGCCAGCCUGGAGCAGAAGCAGGAGGAGGCCCACCGGGUGAGUGUCCGGAAGCAGAAGCUGCAGCAGCUGGAAGACGCCUUCUACACCUUCGUCAACCUGCUGGACGUCGCCAGGGCCCUGCGGCUGCCGGAGGAAGUGGUGGACUUCCUGUACCAGUACUGGAAGCUGAAGAGGAAGGUCAACUUCAACAAGCCCCUCAUCACCCCAAAGAGAGACGAAGAGGACAAUCUAGCGAAGCGGGAGCAGGAUGUCUUGUUUAGGAGGCUGCAGCUGUUCACGCACCUGCGGCAGGACCUGGAGAGGGUUCGGAACCUCACUUACAUGGUGACCCGCAGGGAAAAGAUUAAGCGAUCUGUGUGCAAAGUCCAGGAACAGAUAUUCAAUCUUUACACUAAGCUCUUGGAGCAAGAAAGAGUUUCAGGUGUGCCUUCGUCCUGCUCCGCCGCCUCCCUGGAAAGCGUGCUUCUGUUCAACAGCCCCUCGGUGGGCCCCGACGCCCCCAGGAUCGAGGACCUGAAAUGGCACUCGGCCUUCUUCCGGAAGCAGAUGGGCACCUCCCUGGGUCGCUCCCUGAAGAAGCCACAUCCGCGAGCCCUGCUGCAGGGCAGCCCGGGGCGCAGGGCCCAGGCCCUGCACCGGGAGGCGGCGGGGCUCCCCGAGAGCUUGCGGAGCUUGGACAAGACCUUGGCCGACGCCCGCCUCCUGUCCGCGCAGCAGAGAAAUGGCGCGAUGGUGCCGGAUCCCGGGAGCAGGAGGGACCACCGCUUCCACUGUGACCCCGGGAAGGGGGACGGGAAGGACAGGCCUUUCAAACAGAGUCACAAGCCUCUCAGGUCCACGGACGUGUCCCAGCGGCAUCUGGACACCGCGAGGGCCGCCGCCUCCCCUGCCGGGGGGCAGUCGGCGCCGGGCGCGAGGAGAGAGGGGUUGCCCAGGUGCAAUGGCUCCCUGAUGCGGGGGAGCUACAGCCAGACCGCAGUCAAAGUGCCUACCACGCCCGCCAGCCCAGGGAAGAACUGGGGGGGCUUCCGGAUUCCAAAGAAGGGGGAGCGGCCGCCGCCGGAGGCCCCCGCGCCCGGGGGCGCCUGCCACCCGCACGCGGACUACCCCUACCUGGGCUUGGGCCGCGGGCCCGCCAAGGAGAGGGCGAAGAGCAAGCUGAAGUCGGACACCGAGAGUGACGGCUACGCCCCGGACGUGGAGAUGAGCGACUCGGAGAGCGAGGCCUCGGAGAAGAAGUGCAUCCCCGCGGGCAGCGCCAUGGGCCGGAGGACAGACUUCAUCCGCAGGAGCAUCCUGGCCUCCUGAUGCGCCCGGCGCCCGCCCCCCAGCUCCUGAGCCACACACACACUUACUCGCCGUUAGGAUGGAUUUUUCUCAGUCAUUUAUACAUCGUGAGAAGUGUGUGUUAUUUGCAGCUUGUUGAGGAAACACAAGAGUAGGUUGUAACCGCACUACAGAAGCGGAAUUAAACACUAAGAAUGAAUGAGGUGCGUUUUUGAAGAGGGAGAGGCUUACGGAAACCUCGCGAGUUUUUAUUGCUCUGCAUACUUCCCAAAGCACAAACUCUUGGUUCCCUGAAUACACGGAACCAGAUAUGGUUCUAGACACCCUCACGUACCGUUUACUAGCCCCUGACUGACUUUCCAGGACGGUGGUGGGUUGGAAACCAUGUUCACCGUGGGCCCCAGGCUGUUCUUGUUGCAUUGCAGUCUGUAGGCAGCUGCUCCGGGCUUGAGGAACUCGAGGGGACUUGUGUGUAAAUGUCCCAGUGGGAGGAGAGAAGUGUUGCCUGUCACCCCUGGAGGACCUGAAUUGGGGGCAGCUGGAAUGUGAGGGAAUGUGGCUCCUCAGCCUGAAACCCUGGGAGGGGGAUGGGAGAGGACCGGUGCAGAGCGAGGUCACUGGGAAGUCUGUCUGUGAGAGAGGGCAGCUGAGGCCCCAUUGACCAGUCCUCUUGACACCCUCUUCCCUAACUGCUGCCUGUGGGCCAGCGGGGGCGGGGGUCCCUAGCCAUUGGCAGUCCCUGGUCAGCUGGCCUCCAAUAAUACAGUAGUCAUUCACGUUCAAGCGAUGAACUUCCAGACUCGGCUGACUCACACUUCCCAGGGUCCCCAACCGGAACAGAUUCCUUAAGAACAAGGAAAAAAAGAAAAGAAAAAACCCCCAUACCCCAAACAAAAAACACACACACGUGAAAUAGGCUAUAUUUUAGAAAAAAUAGAAAGGCAAUAAGUUGCGAUAACCUCUUACCAUUGACCAAUUUCUACAGGAAAGAGUUUUAAGUGUAGUAGGUUUUCUGGAGUCAGUUCUAGGCUCUGAUUGGUAACUGGGACUUUCUAAUUGCAAAUGGCAAUAACUCGUAAGUUAUCAGCAAUAAUAAAUUUAGCAUUACUUUGAGUACACUGUUCUGUUUCUGCACUGGCGGCAGUGCAUAUGUGUUAAGACAAUAGUGUUAAGGUCCUGUUCAUUUUCUUUGGAAUUCAAUGUAGUUGUGCAUCAAACUUAAGAGAAGGAAAGUUUAAAUAGCAAUGAGACUUAGAAUUAUGGGCGCUUGGAACAAGCCCAGCUUCCCCUAAAUUGCCCCUUAGUUUGCUGGUAUCAGUAUUCAGAUUCCUGGUUCAUUUAUACGUCUGCUUCCAUGUGGCAGGGACAUUCUGAUACUCGAAUAAUGGUUUGAGUCCUGCGGUUAACUUUCAAGUCUUCCAGAGGAUUGUCAACAACAAACAAGGCUUAUUGAAUUCCAUCUUGCUAUGCAAGUUUUGUCAGAUGAUCAAAUAGUAGAUCGGAUGCAUCCCCAUUGUAUGUAUGACAUUUUCAGACCAAGUCUUAAACUUUUUGAAUACAUUGUAGUAGCUAAUUCAGGGGAGGGGAAAGGAUGACCCAGGUUUAGAUUGACUAUUUUUGAGCUACGGGGCUCGUUUUGAAAGACUGUUGUCCAGAUAAGCUGUUGCUGCAGAUAAAAGUUUCUUACAAAUCCAAGUUGUACUUUCACUCAUAGCCUAAUUUAAAAGUCAGAUUUUUUUGAAUAGGAGCAGAAACCUUUUGCUGAGCACAGAAGGUGGACUCUAACCUUUGGACCACAGUGACAGCGCUGGUGAGAGUUAGAGGAUAUGGAUUUGUCAAGCCAUAGAAAGAAAACCUAAAUUCUAGUGAGCGUAUGACCUCUCACCGUUUUAAGAGGUACCAGAUUCAUUUGCACUAUUAGGAAUGCUAGUUUUGUGCAAAAAUAAUGCCUUACCUGUUUUCCCCCCACAUUUAGGUUGAAAAGCUUUCAAACGUUUCAAGUUAUGCUGAACCAAAAAAACAACAAAAACAACAUAAGACAAAAAAAAAAAAAAUAGCCCAAGGAAAACAAGACACACAAAAUAUAAAAAGCCCACUUUUUAUUUCUGCUUUGAAAUGCAAAUGGCUAGAGCACGGUUUCUCCGGUGUAAUGAUAGCUUUGUAGGUCAGUUUUCUGUCCUGCUGGGAUGUCUGCGAGGCCACCAUCAGCAGCAACCCGCCCCCUACUCCCCACCCGGCCCCCCAUGUAAACUUCUUAGUGUGGGACCUACCAUUUGCUCUUUUCUUUCUUUUUUUUUUUUUUUUAGCUUUAUCUUUCCUUGUGCACCCUGACCAAGAAGUAUCUUUGAUUAUGAUCAAUGUAUUAUGUCAAAAUGUAGGCUAGUUAAACUUUUGUAAAGUUGCCUGGAAUGUCAUUUGUUAGGUUAUAAACACAAAAUCUCGAUGAAGGGUUAUAUGUGUUGUGUACAAAUCUUAAUUAUUUUCAAAUGGACAAACUUGUCAUUACAUUUGUAACCUUGUACAGAGGAUUUUUCACUACGUGCCUAGCUUGGUGUCCAUUCAGCUAAAAUUGAAAAAAAAAGGUGCAUGAAGAGUUACAAAUCAGAAAUUAAACAAAGUAUAUGUAGAGAUGACUAUUUUAUAUGACAUGGCCCAAUCCUGUAUUUAUUUCUACCCCCUUUUUGAAAGUAUUUAUAAAACUAGUUGAGGACAGCUGUAUUUUUUUGUUGAACUAUUUAGUAGAAUUUGUGCCUUUUUGUCUGUAUGUGAAUAAAUGCUGUACAUUUUGCAAUA